AUGUAGUCAGACGUUGUCUUCAGAACAGCCAAAGGUUGGGAUUCUUUCAGUGAUAAGUAUGCUAGAAGAAUUUAAAAAAAUACUUCCGUGUUUUUUAUGACCCUAUUGAAUAUGUUACAUUAUGAGGAGGCGAACAAGUAUCUAAGACCAAUACAAUAUUAGUAUUUUGGAUGCUGGCUGUGGAGCUGGAUAUUUACAUUAACAUAUGUUGAAUUAAAAGAAACCUGAGGCUCAUCUAUAUGGAUUUGAUCUAAGUUCCGAAAUGGUAAGGAGAGCUGGAGCAAGGAUGAAAAGAUCCUUAAACAAAGACAAAAUUGGAUCUUUAGAUAUAUUAACUCAAGAGGAAGUGGAUUCCGUCAAAUUCGGUAUAUAUAGGCUUAUUAAUUUAGAUGAUGAAAUCUUCAAAAAGAUAAAUUAUCAUUUAUCUGUCGGAAGUGUAGAAGACUUAAGCCAAUACAACAAUGAAAUAUUCGACAUUUACGUGUGCAAUCUAGUUUAUCAAAUAAUUGGAGAUCAACCUAAAGCAAUGAGUGAAGCAUUCAGAGUAUUGAAACCAGGAGGAAAAGUUGGAAUUACAGUUUGGGGAAGAAAAGAGAAUUGUUCUGCCCUAUGGUUUUUGAAGGAGUUGGCAUUUGAAACUGGAUUAGCACCAGCAGGAAUGCAAGGAGGAAGAUUUGUGUCAAAUCCUGAAGAAUUAAUCACAUUAGCUACUAAUGCAGGAUUCAUUAAUCCAGGUAUUUAAUUCAUUAUAUAUACAUAGUUUGUUGGUUGUAAAUGGCCCCAUUUGAUGUUGUGAGUAUGAAGAAUGUGGAGGAGUUCUUCAAUCCAGAAAUAGAAGGAAUCUUGGCUAAUUCUACAUAAGAACAAAGAGAUACUUAUUACAAAGCCCUUGAAAAAAUGAUAAACGAUUAUAAGAGAGAGAACAAACCAUUUCCAUUUGAGUGUUAUUUGUUAGUCGCUGAAAAACCAAUAUGA